AUGACCUUCGUGAAUGUGCGCUCUGCAAAUCAAAGAUGCUAUUUGAUACACUUUUACAGGGACGUUUUCCGAGAACCACAGAACUUCUCAUGCGGUGGACCUCUAGCAAGCGGAUCGGAGGCCCUCUCCGGCCCCCACCCGGCAGAGGUUCAAGCCGGUCAGGGAGGCAUUCUGACAUGGCGGAUGAAGCACCUGAAUGCCGCGAUUCGCAGCGCGCUGCCCGCAUACCUAGACGCAUUCGAGCUUUGGAAUACGAACCUGCGUCAAAUUCCUCACAGCUUCGUGCCCGGAGACCUAAGUGGACUCCGCAACGGCACAUCGGACCCAAGGAUCCCCACAUUUACCGGGAGCUAA